AUGGGAGACACCAAACUACCUGAAGUACUCUUGCUACUCUUCACCAUAAUUCUUGCGGCUAGAUUUACGCAAGGAAUUAAAACAGAAGAAUUGUUAUCUCAAUCCUCUGAACACCAAAGAGAGCCAAGUUUGGAGGAUGGCAAUGAGGCAUGGAAAAUGAGGAAUUCAAGGAGACUGAUGAUUGGAUCCACAGCACCAACUUGUACGUACAAUGAGUGUAGAGGUUGUAAGUAUAAAUGCAAAGCUGAGCAAGUGCCAGUAGAGGGAAAUGACCCAAUUAAUAGCCCAUACCACUACAGAUGUCUUACCAUAAGUGUAUGGCAUUUCCCUGCUCAUUAUGAAGUAACUACAAGACGGGUAUCAAAUAGGCCAAUGAAAGAAGUUAAGAGUCCUGCAAACAUUAACUUCAUUACAAAUUUAUGGACUUUUGUUGAAUAUGGUCUUCAUGCACGUGGCAAUGAGGUCUGGAUUUGUGCCAUUCUCAGAGGAAACAGAAAGAACAUGAAGCAUGUUGGUGCUUAA